AUGCCACUCUCUUGGAUAAGAUCACAUCCAUAUAUUCUAAGUGUUGUUUCAGUGGCUUUAUCUAUUCCAUCUUUUCUAGAAGGCGUUGUAUUAAUCCGAAGUAUCAAGAUGACAACAGAGAAGGCACCAGCCAUGGAUUCCUGCAGAAAGAAGAAGUCAGAUGACGCCACAUUUCUUCAGGAUGUAAAAGAUCACAUCGAUGAGUUUGUACACGCUUCCAUGGAUGAACACAAAACCUGCUUCAAGAAGACCAUAUCCAAGAUGUUUGGGAUGUCAAAAGUUGUUGCAGAGAGAAAUGCUGCUGAGAAUAAGGGAAUUGAAAGCUCAUUGCCUCUUCGAACUGUUAACGUUCGCCGCCGCUCUGAAGCCCGUUACCGGCGACCACCAGGUUACGACCACCGUCGGAGAACAGCGGAACACCUUCUCCCAAGAAAAUAA